ACCCCGGGCCGCCCCGGGAAGGAUGGAGCUGAUGCUCAGGAACGCCUCCGAGUGCUCCAACUGCACCCACGCCCUGGGGGCCGCACCCUUGCCCCCCUUGAGCGUCCCGAAGGCCGUCCUCCUGGGCGUGAUCCUGGGGGGCCUGAUCCUCUUCGGGGUCCUGGGGAACAUCCUGGUGAUCCUGUCGGUGGCCUGCCACCGGCACCUGCAGAGCGUCACCCACUACUACAUCGCCAACCUGGCCGUGGCAGACCUGCUUCUCACGUCCACUGUGCUGCCCUUCUCGGCCAUCUUCGAGAUCCUGGGCUACUGGGCCUUUGGGCGCGUCUUCUGCACCAUCUGGGCGGCGGUAGAUGUGCUCUGCUGCACCGCCUCCAUCAUGGGCCUGUGCGUCAUCUCCGUGGACCGCUACAUCGGGGUGAGCUACCCGCUGCGCUACCCGACCAUCGUGACGGAGCGGCGGGGCCUGCUGGCGCUGCUCAGCGUCUGGGCCCUGGCCCUGGUCAUCUCCAUCUGCCCGCUGUUCGGCUGGAGGCAGCCGGCCCCCAAGGAUGAGACCAUCUGCCAGAUCAACGAGGACCCGGGCUAUGUGCUCUUCUCGGCCCUGGGCUCCUUCUACGUGCCGCUGGCCAUCAUCCUGGCCAUGUACUGCCGUGUCUACGUGGUAGCCAGGAGGGAGAGCAGGGGCCUCCGUGCCGGCCUGAAGACGGACAAAUCCGACUCGGAGCAGGUCACCCUCCGGAUCCACCGCAGAAACGCGCCUGAGGCCCAGGGCCCCGGCUCCAAGGGCAAGGCCCACUUCUCCCUGCGCCUCCUCAAGUUCUCCCGUGAGAAGAAAGCGGCCAAGACCCUGGGCAUAGUCGUGGGCUGCUUCGUCCUCUGCUGGCUCCCCUUCUUCUUGGUGAUGCCCAUCGGAUCUUUCUUCCCCGACCACAAGCCCUCGGACACCGUUUUUAAAAUAGCCUUUUGGCUGGGCUAUUUAAACAGCUGCAUCAACCCCAUCAUCUACCCGUGCUCCAGUCAAGAGUUCAAAAAAGCGUUUCAGAACGUGCUGAGAGCACAGUGCCUGCGGCGGAGGAAGUCCGGCAAGCAGGCGCUGGGCUACACGCUCACCCCACCCAACCGCCGUGCCGCGGACGAGAAGCAGAAGGACAUGGUGCGCAUCCCCGUGGGCUCGGGAGAGACCUUCUACGAGAUCUCCAGGACCUCGGGGCCCUGCCAGUGGAAACUCUUCUCUCCGCUGCCCGCCCGCUCUGCCCGCAGGUCAGCCCGCAGGUCGGCCCAGUCGGCCCGCGGCGCCGGCUCGCAGGAUGGGCCCGACUGCACAGUCGCCCGUGUGAGGAGUAAGAGCUUCCUACGGGCCUGCUGCUGCAUUGGGCCCUCGGCCGGCCCCGGCCCGCCCACCCGCCAGCUGCCCGCACUCAAGAUCCACACCAUCUCCUUGGGCCAGAGCGGGGAGGAGGUGUAGCCUCCGGGGUGGCCCGACAGGCCUGACCACAGGCUGGACAUCGGGCCCGAUGUCAGGUCCACCUGGCCCUCCGCCCUCGACAACCGGCUGACUACGGCCUGCUGAGGCGGUGGGAGAGGGGGUGGUGACUGGCUGACACGGAGGCCAACGUCACUUCCUCAGCCCAGACAGAGCCCUCCGUGGCACUCCUCAUUCUCCUCCUCCUCCUCCUCCUCCUCCUCAGGCCCCUCGUUUUCCCUGUUUGAUCAUUCCAUCGAAAAAUGCCAUGGGAAACAAAAUCCGUAGCCAGCCCAAAAGACUAUAAAU